AUGGUUCGCCCAAUUUCAAUACUUUGCAGUAGUAUUGCUCUCAUUGGCACAUUGACAUCUGCUGUCAUUGCAGUAGAGCAGCCCACCACAGACGGCCCUUCCAACCCUCCUGGCGUCACUGGCAAUGUGCAUUAUGCAAAUCUCAUGAACAACUCUCUAUGGUUUUAUGAGGCUCAACGUAGUGGCAAAUUACCUGCCAACAAUCGAGUGCCAUGGCGCUCAGACUCUGCUUUGAAUGAUGGCAGUGACAACAAUGUCAACUUAACGGGCGGAUAUUACGAUGCCGGUGAUUAUUUGAAGUUUUCACUACCACUCUCCUACUCAUUGACAACCGUCGCAUGGGGAGCCAUUCAGUGGUUUGAUGGCUACCAGAAAGCAAACCAAGUGGGCUACUUGAAGGACAUGAUCAAGUGGGGAACAGACUGGGUGAUGCAAGCUCACCCUAACCCAAACACAUUUUACGUUCAAGUAGGCGAUGGCAACAUUGAUAAUAACUAUUGGGGUCCCGACACAAAUAUUCCAACACCUCGUCCUUCCUAUCAAGUCAAUAGAACAGCAGUCGGUACGGAUGCAGUGGCUAUCUCUGCCGCCGCAUUGGCAUCAGCCUCUUACUUGUUUAGGAACAAUUUGAACGAUUCAGCCUAUGCUGAUACUUUGUUAAACAAAGCAGCAUCCCUCUUUAAUUUAGCCGAUACUGCCCAGCCUCGCAACGUCUAUGUCAAUGCAGUGCCUGCUAUUGCGGAUUUCUACGGCACCAACAACUACACUAGUCAACUCACAUUUGCUGCUCUUUGGAUGUACAAGGCCUCUGGAAACGAAACUUAUAGAACGAUGGCCUCCAACUUCUUUGAUCAAUUCAAUUUGGCCAAGUCUCCGAUUGGUGUCAUGGAUUGGAGUGAUCAGACAAACGGCGUAUAUGUCCUUGGUGCUGAGCUCGAUUCGAGUAAUACAAAGUAUGCUACAGCUGCCAAGAAAGUGCUGGAUACGAUUGUGAAUAGUGGGUCUGGAUCGCCCUGUACAUUUACUAACGGCGGUUUGUUGUGGUGUGAUGGUUACAGUGACCAAAACUCGCUUGUACCCGCUCAGGAUAUGGCUCUCUUGGCGCUCUUGUACAGUCAAAUUGAUAGCUCCAAGUCUGAUGCCUACACCAAAUUCGCUAAAAGCCAAAUCGAUUACCUGCUCGGCAACAACUACAUGCUGACACCUUAUGUUUGCGGUAUCCACAUGAACUCGCCUCGUAAUCCCCAUCAUGCCGGCGCUUCUGGAGGUACUGAUAUUGGUAACAUUGACUCUUCUCCUCCAGAAGAAAAGUACUUGCUGUACGGUGCUGUUGUAGGAGGACCUGAUAAGAAUGACAAGUUUUAUGACAUUCGUGAUGACUAUGCUCAAACUGAAGUGGCUCUUGAUUACAAUGCUCCCUUCCAGGGUUUGGUUGCUCAUCAAUUAAGCACUGGCGCAGCUGAUCCUCCCUAUGUUACCAUCACCACUCCCAGACCUGAAGUCAGCCGUUCAUCCACGUUCCCCGGCUGGCUCAUUGCUGUCAUUGUUAUCUGUGUCCUGUUUGUUCUGGCUCUUACAGCGUACAUCUGUUGGUGGAAGCGUGGAUGUGGCCUCUUCAGGCGAAAGUACGAUAAAGCUGUUUCUGCCUAA